UGUGUGUGUGUGUGAGUAUAUAAGUGUGUGUGUUUAAACUGUCCGUCUUUAUUAUUUUUUAAAGCAGCAGGUUGCGGAUCUGAUGGUGAGGAGGAGCGGAGUGUGUGUGUGUGUGUGUGUGUGUGUGAGAGAGAGAGACCUGAAGACUGGAGCUUCUACUGUCAGUGAGCCACGAUGAAUUCCCUUUCAGCAGACAGGAAGACUCCAGUGGACUAUGGCGUCCAGAUCCGCUUCAUCAAAGACCUGGAUGAAAUGGCCGGAGGUUACACAGAGAGGACUCGGGGUGUUGGAGGGGCAGGAGCUGCUGUGGGCAGUGGAACUCCUCCAUCCUCAAAAUAUGGAGUUGCGGUCAGGGUUCAGGGCAUUUCUGGACAGCCCUAUGUGGUGCUGAAAGAUGGAGAGAAGGGUGACUCAUAUGGAGUACAAUUGAAGACCCAGCCUCAGCCCCAGACUCCGGUUCCUGGAUCCCCAUUUAACAGCCUGCCUCAAAGACCACGUGAUAAUUCUCAGACUCCUAAAGAUUCUUACAGCUCACAUGGGCCACUAAGUUCACCAGAUGAAGAGACUGUUGAAUUUGGGAGCCCCUUGAAGAGGCCACCUGGCGAUGGUCAAGCAGGAAGUCAAGGAGAUGGAGAAAGAGGGACUAUAGAACGUCGUGUAUCUACUGCUCCAUCCAAAGUCUCUGAGAAAAAAGAGCUGGGAGAACUGAAUGAAGCUGGUCUUAGGCCAGUGCGGCAGACUGGAUUUGGAGGAACCGUGAACGGGACAGGAAAGGUGGGGAAUCCGUAUACGUCUUCACAGCAAUUUAACGAAGCUUCAAAACCUGGUCCUUUUGAGGAAGAGCCAGUUGAAGCCAUUGACACCAAAUCUUUAGCACCCAUCAAUAAACUCAUCAGCAAAUUUAACAGCAGUGCCACGUCCACCCUGCCAAACCGGAUUAGAGGCCGCUCUCAAGCUCGAACAGCUCUGCAAUUUGAUGAGAGAAAGCGCUCUCGCAGCUUAGAUGCUCGCAAGGAGAAGGAAGAAGAGCCUCUUCUCUCACCCACCAUAAACCCCUACGCUCUUUCAGUAAACACCACCUCGAGCUCCAGUCUUUCCUCACCCAAACCUACAACCUUCAACAGUGUCGGACAGGCCUCUCCCUCCAUCGCGAAGGUGCCCGCUGUUCCUGCCUCAAUAGCACCUCCUGUUAAUCAGACUCCAAGGAUGUUUGUUGCCAAGGAAGUGACACCUGCUUUAUCAAAGGAAACUCCUGAUCUUCUGAGUAGCCAGAGUCAAAGUAGAGAACCCAUUAAGGAAGGUGAAGAUCAAGAAAAACACGCGAUCUAUGAAGUCCUCAGAGAAGGGUCUGUGGAGAGCGAGACGUUCCUGAGAGGAAAAGCGAAUCUCAUCCAUGAGCGAUACCGAGGGCUGAAGGUGGAGAAAGAGACCACAAACAAACGCUUACAGCAGCAGCUCGAUCAGACCAGGAGAGACCUGCAGCAUGCCCAGGAUCGGUUGGCGGCGCUGCACUUGGAGAAGGAAGGGGUGGAGUCUCGCUUUCAUCAGCAGGAGGAUCAGCUGGCGCAGCUGCAGGAGGAGCUGAGGAGAGUCUCAGAGAGCGCGCCACACACACACUCGGUGCACAUGGACCUGGUGGCUCUUCAGACGGAGCUGGCUGAGGCGGCGAUGCUGAGGCAGAGGCAGGAGGACACGCUGCACAUGAGGGAGAGGGAGCUCACUGCACUGAAGGGGGCGCUAAAGGACGAGGUGGCCGUCCACGACAGAGAGAUGGAGGCGCUCCGGGAACAGUACAGCCAAAAUAUGGAGGCACUUAAGAAAACCAUGGAGAGUGUAUCUCUGUCACAGCAGGAGAUCGAGGAGGAGCGGGAGAAAGUGAACGCCUCCAUUCUGGCCCUGGAGGCGGAGCUGGACGAUUACAGGGAGCAGGGCGAGCGCUGGACGGAGCAGAUGACGUCGGUGAAACAGGAGCGCGGGCGUCACAGCACGUUUCAAAAACUGCUGCAGGCUCAGCAGGAAAAGAAGGAGCUUGAGGAGAAACUGCUCAGCUUGAAGAAGCAGACCUGUGAAACAGACUCACACUCUCAGGAGCGGCAGCGUUCUCUCGACGACCUAAAACAGGCACGUUUAAAAAUCGACGAUCAGAAAGCCGAGUUGUCGAACAAGGAGGAGGAGCUUCAGUCUGUAAAGAGAUCCAGUCAAACCAAAGAGCAGGAGCUUCAGGCUGAGAUCAGCAAACUGAAGGAGCAGUCAAAGAGGGACACAGAGGAGCUGUCCAAAGUGCUGAAGACUCACCAGUCUUUAGUAUUAGCUCAGGAUCCUACCAAAGACAACGUUCCGGACCUUCAGGAGGACAACGCUCGUCUCAGAGAGAGAAUAGCUCGAAUGUCGCGUCUGCACACCAGCCUGCCGGACAGUGACGCCUCAGACGCUCUAGAGGAGGAGAACCGCUCUCUGAGGACGCAGCUGGAGGAAGUGCGGCGCGCAGCGUCCCGUCUCAGCCACGAGAAAGAGGAGCUCAGCCGCCAACUGGAGGAAAAAGAGAAAGAGAGAGAAACCCUGCGGCGAGGCAAAGCAGACCUGGAGGAGCAGAAGAGGCUGUUAGACCGAGCACUGGACAAGAUGAACAAAGAUAUCGACCUGGUGAUGGGCGACUCUCGUCAGUCGGUGCAGACUCUGCAGUCUCAGCUGGAUGAGUUCAGAGAUCGUUCUCGUAAAGAGCUCCAGGAGUCUCAGAAGCUGAACAAGGAGCGACUGCUUGAGCUGCAGAGAGCGCAGAACAGCCUCAAGGCAGCACAGGAGGAGGUGUCGCGUCUGAAGAAGGAGCUGCUGGUGUGUUGUGAGGAGAAGGACAGCGCGCUGCUGGACAAGGAGCUGCUGAGCAGCCGUCUCAAACAGAAGGAGAGUGAGCUGGACACCGAGAGGAGCUCACACAGCUCUUACGACCGCAGCAGGGAGAUACGCCACCUAGAGGAUAAAAUAAAGAGUUUGGAGAUAGAGUUGGACGAGGAAAAGACGGGAGCUGAGCUUCUGAACGAGCGCGUCACACGCACCCGAGAGCAGGUGGACCAGCUUCGCUCUGAACUGAUGCAGGAGCGCUCGGCCAGACAUGACCUGGAGAUGGACAAGAGCUCGCUGGAGAGACAGAUCAAAGACCUGAAGUCUCGUUUAACUGAUGUGGAGGGUCAGCCUCGAUCUCCUGCAGGGGUCGCUAUACUGGAGAGCAAAGUCCAGGAGCUGGAAGAUCAGUUACACAGCGAGGAAAGAGAGAAGAGCAGCAUCCUGGCAGCUCAGAGGAGAGCAGAGAGGAAAUUAAAGGACGUGACCGCAACACUGGACCAGGAGAGGAACCAGCAUGCUGAACAGAGAGACCAGCUCUCGCUGCGUGUGAAGGCUCUGAAGAGACAGCUGGAUGACAGUGAAGGUGAGGUGGAGAGACUGGAGGGAGUGAGGAGGAAGAUCCUGAGGGACCUGGAGGAGCAGCAGGAGCUGAAGGACGUCCUGCAGGCCAAAGUCAGCACUCUGGAGCACGAGCUGAGGAGGAAGGUCCAGCAGGCGCGGCGUCCCACACUGGGGUCAACUCUCAGCUCGGAGGAGGAGGACGGAGUCUUCGAUUCUAACAGCAUCAAGUCCAUCCUGACGGAAUCCCCGCUCCAGACCACCACCUGCUGAGAGAGAGAGUGCGAGAGAGUGAUAAAAUAAGAGAGUGAAUGAUAGAGAGAGUGAUGGAGAGAAUGAGAUAGGGAGAACGAGUGAGUGAUAAAGUGAGUGAGUGAGUUAGAGAGCGUGAG